CGCCAGAGCGUCUUCUACUAGUAAUUAGCUACACUGACGUCGGCUGGAACGAGGCUCCCGGUGGCCUUCAGCAAUGCGCAAGCCCAAAGCUAGCGGGUCCAAGAUUAAGGGUCAGAUGCCCUUGGCCUACUAUCUCAAUCCGCCCUCCACCACCAAGGUCCCCGCAGACAGAAAACGUGACAAACAGCCACCCACCACCUCUUCCCAGGAUGACUUUCUCGUCGAGGAUAACAAAAACAAGAUUAAGGAGAAUGUCUCGCCUGUUACAUCUCCACACAACACACCUAAGCGCAGGCGACUCCAACUCCAAGCCCUGGGCUCGGAGACUAACGUCUUCGGUGACGUUGAGACACCUGCUCAGGACGAAAGCUCGAAGGCACGUGCAGACGCAGACAAAGAAGGCGAGGUUAUACAACUGUCGGACUCCUCUACUUUAUCAUCCACCAACGUACAUGUGGGUUUACCCACUCCUGUUACGGCGCUCAAACCCAGGACAGGUGCCAUGCAACGGUCGACACCAACACCCGCACAAAAGCCAAGCCACCAGCCUUCUGUCUCGACACAUACUCCUCACAUGCGCACUCGACCCCCAGAUACUUUGCAGCAGCCCACACCGGACACUGCAGUCCGUGCGGUCAGGAUGUCCAUCGCAAGCUCACCGCCAGCCAGAGUCUCGUCCGACUCGCCUCCAACCUCGCGCAUAUCUUCUGCUAGGCGGAUGCCCACUGCUGGUCCUUUUGAGAUCGUUGCCUCAUCUCAGGGCAGCCAAGAUUUAGAACUUAAUCCUUUCAUUGACGGUACUGGUUCAGAGCCGACAAUGGGCGGGCUCUUCAAGCUGCCUUCUCUGCCAGCCCGCCUUCAGCACUCGUCUAGCCUUUCUUUGGAUACCUCUGGUGCACCUUCUUCUCCGACAAGAUACUCCAAAUUACAUGGGAUUUCAGCCUCAGCUGUCGGACGCACGCCUUCGAAAAGUGAGCGUGAUAUGAUAGUGCCUAGCUCUCAGGGUGACGAAGACGAGCUUGAGUUUUGGUCUCCUGGAAAAAAUAGUCACACCAGUGAGAGUCGGGCAUCCUCAGAUUUUGUACCACCAUCUAUCCCGGCAGAGGAAGAGCUGUCUUUGUCUAGUAGUUUUAAUCCAAUCGAUUAUGUCUUGCUUUGCUCCCCAAUAACGCGGCUGAGUAAGUCUGCUCGUCCUUCGCUUGUCUAUGACUCAUCAGAGUCCGCACAUAACCCAGCAUCGCCAGUACUCCCUCAAUCUACACUCCCUGAGCCAUUCGCUCACAGCCCGCAUACGCCGAAACGCAAGACUGUAACAAAGCAUCCUUUCACGGGUGGCGUACUGCCAUUUGGGACAUCAGACCGCACACCCGCUGCAGACAGCGGUCAUGGUGCCUCAGUUUCUCCUGAAAAAGAUAUUCGUGUCGGCUCGCAGACUAUGCCAAAGUCACCUUUAGAUGAGUCUCAAACCCAACCCGAGUCUCCACUCCUGGAGCGGAUCGCACCUCGGACACCUCGAAGUCAUGCCAGUUCAAUAACUGUUCCUGAAUCACCGCGGUCCCCGUUCAAGACCUUAAGCAAGCUCCAUCUGUUCGAGGCCGACGGUAGCCAGACUCAGCCUGAGUCACCAUGCUCAUGCCUUGCCACCCCUUCAAGGCAAGCGCUUCGUGAUCAUCGCUCAGGGCAGGAAGAUGCCUUCAGUUCUCAGACUGCCCCAGAGUCGCCUCAGUCGCCCAUUGUGAAGACACGCGAACACGAGAUGUGCAGAACGGAGGAGAGUGCUCAAAGCUCCCAGACUGUGCCAGAAUCGCCCCAGUGGCGCGUGCCUACUCCCAAUGCGACGCCUUCACAGAAGACGCGCGGCUACCUCCCUGACGACGAGAACCCCUUCGCGCCGAUCCCAAGCUCGCUGCCUUUUGCCGAGUACCCCGAAAGCGAGUUUAAAGCCGAGACCUCGACGCAAGCCGGUCUGGCCUGUAGCGAUGCGUACGACGAUGGGUCCCAGACUCAGCCCGACGCAUGGCCGGUGACUCCCCGCAACAAGCGACUAAUGCAGAGACUGCAGUUUAUUCGCCAGAAGUAUGGCGCGGAGGCAGCUGAGAGGGGCUGGGACAUGCUGUCAGACACGCCGCUCAGCAUCCCGAGCGAUUUUGAUGAGGACGAGGCCAUGAGCGAAGUUGGUUCAGAGUUGCCGUCUCCCGUGAGAGACUUUUUCGCUAUGGACAUGUAGGACUUGCGCGAUCGGUCUUGGACACAUCCAUUCUACGCAUUCUUAUUUUCUUAAUUCGCUGCUGACUUGUACCAUCACAAUACCAACUAUCACUCGCGCGCAUGCAUAUCAUGUACUGUAAAUAUCCGCACCAAUAUAGACUCUUCUUGGACAUCGACAGCUGGCGCCAAGCCGGCUGAGCCCUAAGGGUGCUGCGAUGGAGCCUGAAACUCAUGGUACGCACCACUCUCCACCUAGAACUACAUCUGAUCAUGAUACGACUUGUCAAGCACCACAUCUCCUUCACGGCGUAUCCCGUCUUGUCUGCAACAAAGAGCGCGUAUUGGAUAUGGUGGCUCUUGGAUCAGAUGUCACACCCCGCCCGGGCUCUGCGCAUAUAACAUGCGAGGGUUUGGUAAGGCGGCGUGUCUGCGUGAAUGCCCGCAGCCUGCCACCCCUAAAGCCUCCGUGGGAACACCUGGACGAAGAACUCCCUCGAUUUGUCGAAAGACAUGCCAUCCGCCCAUGAUCUCGUGUCGUGCGCCUACGGUGCCUCGGUCGACGUUGUCUUCAUCCCGCCCGAGUUGAUUGGAAACCAGCCCGUGGCGGCCGCGCCCAGGGUUGUGGCGCAGUCGGAGGUAGUCAUGUCGAGGACCGUGAGGAGGGAGGCACCGGUGAGUCCCUGUGCCUCGCCCUCGCCUGUG